AGGAGGUUCAAGGUCUCAAGGGACAUACCCAACAUAGAUUUUUAACUGAAAAACAACUGGAUACUCUGUACUGUAUGAUAUCUUUAUUUUAGAGCUGAUAGGAUGAAGGGAAAAAGACUUGCAAGAUCUCGUUCGAGGAAGAAAGCUUCUAGUUCUACCAUUGAAAGUGUCACUACUCGAGCUCAGCGCGUACGCGAUGAAGAUUACUUUCAAAACCUGUCCCUGGAAGUUAUUUGCCUCAUUCUUGGAUAUUUACCCCUAAGAUAUGUACUGAGAAUGGACUGCAUGAACCACAAACUCAGAAAUGCUGUGUCCAUGUUUUUGCGCAUUCAGAAACAGAUUGACAUGUCAGAGCGGGAUAUAUAUGGCUGGAUGUGCGACUCCCUGACCGACAGUACACUCACAGCUUUCUUGAAGCGAUGUCAUGAUGUCGAGUACCUGUAUGGAUUUCAUCCAGGAUUUAUGACCUUGAGGCGUCAGCGUGGUGCUGAUAUGCUCACUUUGCCAGGAAUCAUUGACGCAUUGUCAGAAUGCAGGAAUUUGAAAGGAAUUGAAAUAUCAGAUGUUGUGCUUCUCCAUGCAAUGAUGGACUUUUUUCCACAGUUAGAAAUUCUUGGAACAUUUAAAAACAGGAAUGGGACAUUUCCUAUCAAUUGUUCAUCUUCAUUAACUUUAGCAGAGAAUGCAAAAAUUACGUCCUUGCAUCUUAAUGGCAUUGUUAUUGAAAAUCUACCCAAAAUGUAUAAUUUAAGACACCUUCAGCUUCGAUGGGUUCACUUUCAUGAGUCCCAUCCAUUUAGUGAGUUUAUGGCACCAAAACUGCAGACUUUUGUUAUGGCCCAUUGCUCAGGCCCUGUAAGUGCCAUUAAAUAUGUCCCCCUCAUUGCAAGCCUUGCAAGCUCCAGAUACCUGUCACGACUUGAGCUGUUACGUGUUCCUUUCCUCGGGGGCCUAAUUCAUCAUGUAGUGCAAGAUAGCUGGCAGAUGAAUGCUUUUCGUCAGUUGCGUUGCAUCAGAUUUGGAGCAUGUCGGCAUGCUCUUGAAAUGGAUCUUGGUUUCCUUAUUAUAACUGCAGCUCAAAAGAUUGAGGAAGUAAGUGUCCAGCCUACUCUGACCAAAGACAAUCUAUUUGUUGCCUUGAUGAUGGCAGAUGUAUCGUUUCCUUCAUUUUCUACACUACAUCUAGGAUUUGUUGAUUCUUUUCCAGCACCAGAUAAAUGGGACAAUGAAGAUCUGAUUGUGGAGGGUUUGGCCAAUGUGUCGGAGGCCCCAGCAGUCAUUACAGACAUAGGAAUGAAGGCAGUGGGGGUAUGCUUCCCCAGGCUCAAACACCUAGAUAUCUACAACUGUCCUCACAUACUGAGACCUACUCAGUGGUUCACGCAUGAUCUGACAUGUUGGGACCAGCUGACUGACUUGUCAUUGAGAAGAUGUCAUGCUUUGAAAAUUGAAGAUUUUUGUGAAUUCAUCUCUACUCUUCCAUCACUUCAAACUCUCCAUCUAGAACAAAUGUUCAGGGAGCCACCAAAAGGAUGCUCAAGGGUUGGCUUAAGUGCUGGAACAGGUAUGGGGCUUUCCUCUGCCAUGUUAAAUCAGCAUUAUCAAAAUCCCCCUCCAGCAAAUCCAGUAGUCAAUAACAACAAUGUACAGGAUGGUGGAGCCAAUCAAAAUGGGGGAGGUAAUGCUCCAGCAAAUCAAAACAAUGAUGAAGGAAACAAUGCUGCAGCCAAUCAAAAUGAUGAUCUGAAUGAUGCUCCAGCCAACCAGUACAAUGAAAUGAAUGAUGCUGCAGCCAAUCAGAUCAAUAACAUGAAUGAUGCUCCAGCCAAUCAAAACAAUGUCAUGAAUGAUUGUCCAGCCAAUCAGAUUAAUGAUCAUGUGAAUGAUGCUCCAGGCAACCAGAAUAAUGAAAGGGCACAGGAUGAAGAUAGAAGGAAUGAAACUGGUGAAGAUGCUGUGAUGCAUGAAGCUGAAGAUUCAGAGGAAAAAAUACCAGAAAAUAAAGAGAGAGAAGUAGAAGACAAUUCUCAAGAGGAAAAUGACAAUAUGGCGCAGGAUUUGGGUGAUGAGAGUGAAACAGUUAAUGAGAAUAUGGGACAGAGCUCAGAUUCUAUGCAAAAUGAGAGAUGCAGUGUAGUGAAGGAAAAUGAGCAAAGAUCUAAUGUCAGUAAUACAGAGUCUGAAGAGUGUAAAAGAGAAGAUAUCAAUAAUGACAAGGCCACAACUAGUUCUCAAAAUUUACCUGAAAAUGCUACCUGUAGCAUGAGCAUGAAAAGUGAAGAGAUCCAGAAGGCUCCAUUUUCAUCUACACCCAGAAUGAGACCAACCAGAAGUUGUGUUAAGCAUCAAAGACAUAAUUCGGGAAAAUCUGAUAGAACUUCAAAUGACCAAAGACAAAAUGGUGAAAAUCCACUCAAGGCACCUGUUAAACGAAGGAAACUUGAAGCAAACCAAAAUGUCCCAGAAGAAUCAUCAGAGAGAUCUGAAUUAAAUAACGAUGGUACUGAAUCUAAUGAUAAAGCAAUGCAGAUGGACAAUUCACAAUGCCCAAAAUGUUUAUGCAAUAGAAUUGAAAAUGAUAAAAAGUAUUCUAAAGGAAGGAAAUCAAGACACAGAAAAAGUAAAGGGAAGAGGAAAUCUGUUUGUAAAUGUGAUUGUCACAGUGAUGAACAGAGAGACAAAGGACGUGAUCAUAGAACGGAAAAUAAUGAGCAAGCAAUAGAAAAUGGUACACAGUGUCCUUUAGGAAAUGACGAAAAACUGGAGUGUGAUGUAAAAAAAGAAGUAAAAGAAGAAAAGGAAGUGGAAAAGGUAGAUAAAUCCUGUGAAGCUAAACCAGAGGAAAUCAGACAAACUUUGUCCCAAGCUGAGGACUCCCCAACAAGAAAAGGAAAGAAAAGAAGAGGAAGACAAUCAAAACUGGGGCAGUAUGGAGGUCCAAAGUCCAACAUGAAAGAUGAGUGCACAAGUACUGCUGAUCCUGUGGUAGAAGAGGAUCAUGUUCAGAUCCUAAAACUCAAGUCCAAUUCUCUGAUAUCUCUGUCUCUUAACAAUGUGGGAAUUACCUGUCUGGUUGUUGAUGAUUGUCCUCAACUGACCAAACUCUCAGGUCAUGCAUGUCGGGUUUUAAAAGAGGUAAAACUUAAUGCAGUACCAAAAAUCCGAAGAGUGGAAUUCACCCAUUGUCCCAAAAUCUCAGAAGAGAACCUGGCAUAUGAGGUGGCCCUCCAGGAGGAAACUCUGCCAGAUGGCCAGGCCCACAGAUAUAACAAGGCAAUAUUUCUAAGGCCAAUGCACAUGAUUGACAAGGCAAACCUGGAGCAUCUGCUGUUUUCCAGUCCUGAUAUCCCGUCUGAUAUUUGUAUCAUCUACGAUUACAAUGACCAGGCUUGUAAUAGCUCCUACAAUCACAUGAGAGUUUACACCUGGGGAGAAAUUCUUACACCAUUGGCCAGUGAGCUGAUUGAUGUGUACAGUUUUCCAGAAUGGAGCAGAAAAGAUUGGAAACCAAGAUAUCCCUGGGGUAGAGACAUUUUCAGGAUGUAUGAGAGAAAUGGUAAUCUAACUCGUCAUGAGAUUGUGACAGACAUGACCUUGAUGAGGAUUCUAAAAGAGAGGCCAAGACUCCCAGAGAAUCAAAUCCAUCGCUUUGACCACGCCCGAGGCAUAUACUGUCCCAACACUAAAGGUCACUACAGUGCUUAUUCAGCCUUGGACUCAGUCACGGAUGAACUGGCUGACCUAUGGUGUGCUGGGGUCAAGGUCAGACGACACAGCUGUAUUAUUUAUAUCAACCUCAGUGACAUCAAUGGUGUGCCUACUUAUGAUCCAGAAUUUUCUUAACCAAAAAAUAGUAGCAGAAUUAUAUGGGAAUAUGGAAUAGAUCUAGUGGCUGUUGUAAACUGAUGUGUAAGAGAUUGAGAAAACAUCUUCAUGUAUAUAACAUAAAGUAAAUAUUACACCUGUAAAAUAAGAUUGUUUUUCAUUCCCAAUGCAAUUUUAAUUGAAUUGAAGAUCUUAAGUUUAAACUUUGAAGUAUGACAAAAGGGAAAAUGUGCAUGUACACACUUUUGUCAAAUAAAAUUUGAAAGAAAAUAAUAACUCCCAAUUUAUAAUUUAUUGAUGUAUUAAACAUCUGUCAACCAUGGGUAAAAAAUAAAUUUGAUUCUACAUGAAAUGGACA